CGUAACCGCGUAAAUCUCCAAUCACAACCGAUGGGGGACUAAACAGUAGACCCAAAUCUCGCCUGAACCCUAGUUUUUCCUACUACUACUCAAAAAAUGGAGAGGAGAAGGGGAAAACGAGCCCACGACAACGCCGAUUUCACCUCCAAAAGACAAAGAUUCCGUCGUCCUCUUUCAAAGAUCGAUGAGGUCGAUGGUGAUGACUCGAUGUUGUUCAAGUCCUCUUCUUCCUCGUCGCCCAUAGUGAUGGUGACUGGACUCCCCUCUGAUUGCACGGUUCUCGAGCUCAAGUCGAGGCUUGAGAUGUACGGAUCCAUCUCUCGUACUCGCAUCGACGCCGCCGACGGCGCUGGUUAUGUUACGUUUCGGUCUGCUGAUUCCGCUGAGGCCGCCAUCGCAGCUUCGCUCGAUCCGGGGUUUGGGGUCUCCAUUAGAUCCAGCAAGGUACUAGUGUGCCGAGCUGCUGAUCCUCAUCCGGUUUGGAGAACAGCAACUGGUACAACUGCUCCUUCGAAGCUAUUGCGAGCAGAAAUUCCCCUUAGCAAACAUGGUAGAAGCAAUAAGAAGCUUAUUGGAACUAGUACAAACAAUAAAACUCCAGCAUCAGAAGAAGAACCCUUUAAGGGAAGGGAAAUUGUUGCCUACGACGAUCUUUUCUGAACGCAGUUCAAAGCUUCACUGUACAUUUGUGUAACUUCGUGAAUUUGUCAGCCAACAAUCCUCGUACUGGAUAUUUGUGUAUUAAUGCAUCUUUAUAUGUUCGUAACGAGUUGAAGAGUUCAAAUUUACUUUAUCAGAUUGAUGUUUAUGGCCAUAGCAUCUUGUAAUUACCAGCACUGUAUGUGAUGGGAGGCUCAAUGGCCUGGUCCUUAUUUUGACGA